CAGAUUAAGGUUUUGCUGCUGAUCCAGGGGCCGACCUCGAAACUGAGGAUUCAGAAAGGGAUGCAGUCAGAUAUCCACCAGAUCCGCAUCUAGAGUCUUAUCUACAGCACACAAACACACAAUGAGGUUAAUAUCCGCUGUCUCUCUUCUCGCUGCUUUGGCCUCGGCCGGUUCUGUGCUGGCAGACCUGAGCUGGGCCGACAAGCACAUGCGCGAGGAGCACAAUAUCAACAGCUACGACCCGUCUUCGUUCUUCAUCCUCCACGACUCCGACAACUCCAAGUUCUGGACCCGCGCAGAUAUGCUGUCUCUCUACGGUAUCAUGAACCCGAUUGACCCCACCGGCCACAGAAAAGAUCCGAUCUCGCCCGCGCAGCAGGAUCAGGUGUACAACCGCAUCUGCGAGCUCAUCGACAAGGACCACGACGGCUCGGUCUCGCUCGAGGAGUGGCUCACUUUCUCGAGGGAAGGUGGGCAGUUGCCGGAUUUUGGAUUCGGGCCGGGACAUCAUGGCGAUGUUGAGUACGAGUACGAAAUCCAUCAUUGGCUCAAAUACCACGCCGACGACGAAAACGACGACAACUUGAAUCACCCUGAGGACAUUGAGCACGAGCAGCUCUUCCAUCACAUGGAGGACAAGGCGGAGUCAGACCAGCACAAGAACAUUCCCGCCAAAUUCCGGGUUCAAAGGUGAAUUGUACAUAGUACUGUAAAAUCGACUCUCUCGUUUUAGACAUGAACAUGAUAUAUGCUUGAACA